AGGUCGCUGACAGAAGGAGGAGGAGGGAGGGGAUGAACUGUGGGGAUCUUUGGGAUGAACUGAGCUGAGGCCCGGCCGUCGUUGCCAGCCGGAGCCGCGGUGUAAAUGGCGGUGAUUGUGAGGCGGGCGCUCGGUCUCAUCCCGCGGGAGCUGGCGGUGCGGCCGCGGCCGGGUGAUAGGCGGGACUGCCGGCGCUGCGCAAGACGGUAUUUACUCUCAGACAAUGUGAUACGUUUGCUGGACUUCCAACAGAAGAAGGUUGCACUUGCAAAUCAGAUGUAUAUUAGUAAAGAUCAAUAUUUCAAAACUAUUGAGGAAAAAUUAAAAAAGAAUGAGUUAAUCCUCAAGGAUGAUUUAAAAAUGUUGUUACAUUUGUGCCAGAUGCCAGCAGAUGUAGAAGUAGCAAAGGAUGUAAUUUACAGGUACCAUGCGGAAAACAAAAACAUGGCCUUUGGGGAAUUUAGGUUUGGACCUUUGUUUGUAAGGCUAUGUUAUGAAUUGGGCCUCGAAGAAACAGCUGAAGAGAUGGUGAAAGACCAGAAUCUGAAUGGUUUCUUCAAUGAUUCAACGUCAUUCAACAUAUUGAUGGAUAUGCUGUUCAUGAAGGAAAGCUAUGAGCGUGCUCUGGGAGUCCUAAUGGAAAUGAAAAAUCAAGGAAUAAAGUUUAAUAAAGACACUUACAUACUGGCAUUCGCCAUCUGUUACAAGCUGAAUACCGUUGAGUCAUACAGGAUCUGCACUGUGCUGUUGGAAGAAUCAUUAACAAGAGGCAACUUCAUCCCCCGUCAUGCAUACUAUUUUGCAGUCGCACUUGCAAUCGGACAGCAUGAUGUGGAAAAUGCUCGGUCAAUCUAUUCACAGAUUAUGCACACAGACAGCAACAUUUGUCAUAAUCUUCAUGUCUUUCUACUGGCUUUGUCAGGAGAACAACAGAACCUGAUCUCUGCAUUGGAAGCAGCAAUUGGUAGUACUGUCUCAAAAUUUGUGAAGAAGGUGUCUUUCGCACACGAAGUGAUGGCUGUGGUGCGAGAAAGCAUGGAGAACAACUCAGAGCUUCAAGGCGAAUGUGAGGAUAUCUGUGAAAUGCUGCAAAAGUCUGGACAGAUCACUGCAUUGAGUCUUGAUGAAAUGCUGUGCCACACACCAGCGGGAAGAAAACCUCUUAACCCUUUACUAGAUCAAAGGAAAAUUAGCCGACGAACUUUGCAGCCUCUGCGAUCAACCUUGUUGUCUGAAUAAUUUGACUGGACUGGACUCUGCAUCCUUGGAUAUCCACAUCCCACAUCCUUUGGAAAAUAUUUGUUUCCAUCCUCUCAAUGUAAGAAACUAAAUAUUUGGUUCAACGCAACAAUGAACAAUAUAAAUGAUACAUGAAAGGUGAUAAGCUAUUUUUAAAGAUUGUAAUUGUUUCCUUAGCUGGGAAUAGCUGUGCUUUCCUCAUAAGAAGUCUGCAAAUGAAUAACUGUGUAUUUGAAUGCGGUGGCCUUCAUUUAUUGAUGGUGUUCAGUGGAUGGGGAGGAAAAGCAAGAUCCAAAUUUAUUGUCUUUCUAUUUGCACAUCCGAUGACCUGGCAAAUAAUUGCGAAUAUUUAAUCAUAUUUUUAUUAAUGUGAAGCUAAUAAUUUAUCAGGUGCUCUGGUUCAUUGAAACAGAAAUUAGGUGCAGGAGUAGGCCAUUCGGCCCUUCGAGCCUGCACCGCCAUUCAAUAUGAUCAUGGCUGACCAUCCAACUCAGUAUCCCGUACCUGCCUUCUCUCCAUACCCUCUGAUCCCCUUAGCCACAAGGGCCACAUCUAACUCCCUCUUAAAUGUAGCCAAUGAACGGGCCUCAACUACCCUCUGUGGCAGAGAGUUCCAGAGAUUCACCACUCUCUGUGUGAAAAAAAGUUUUUCUAAUCUCAGUUUUAAAGGAUUUCCCCCUUAUCCUUAAGCUGUGACCCCUUGUCCUGGACUUCCCCAACAUCGGGAACAAUCUUCCUGCAUCUAGCCUGUCCAACCCCUUAAGAAUUUUGUAAGUUUCUAUAAGAUCCCCUCUCAAUCUCCUAAAUUCUAGAGAGUAUAAACCAAGUCUAUCCAGUCUUUCUUCAUAAGACAUUCCUGACAUCCCAGGAAUCAGUCUGGUGAACCUUCUCUGCACUCCCUCUAUGGCAAUAAUGUUCUUCCUCAGAUUUGGAGACCAAAACUGUACGCAAUACUCCAGGUGUGGUCUCACCAAGACCCUGUACAACUGCAGUAGAACCUCCCUGCUCCUAUACUCAAAUCCUUCUGCUAUGAAAGCUAACAUACCAUUCGCUUUCUUCACUGCCUGCUGCACCUGCAUGCCUACUUUCAAUGACUGGUGUACCAUGACACCCAGGUCUCGCUACAUCUCCCCUUUUCCUAAUCAGCCACCAUUUAGAUGGUUCGGUAUUAAUCAAAAGCCAUACACUUGUCCAAACGCACAAAGAUGUUCUAGGUGACUAGUUGCCAACCAGGCUUGUUAGAAUUUUGUAAAAUUAUAAAAAUGCUGACAUUAUCUUUAUGGUAACUCGAAUGAAUCUGAGCCUCCUUUACUUGAAGAAAUAACUGUCAUAGAUGAUAACAUUAAUUUUUUUUUUUAGAAUGGUCUCUAUUCCCAGCUUUCAUCAGGUUUGGAACACUGUCUCAUCUUACUUCACUCCUCUGAGAGAAACAAAUUAUAUUUCUUGGUCAUGAAAGCAAAUACUAGAAAAACACCAGAGGUCGGGUGUAAUAUGUGAAAAGAAAUGCAUUUUAGAUAAUCCUAUUUCCUUAUACCCUGUUGGUGGGGUAUAAUUUUAGCCAUUCUUUCUUAAACAUGAGCAAAAAUGUUGACGUCACUAUAAACCAGAACUAAUUCUUUUCUACCUCGGCCAACAUUUUUGCUGCAAUUAAUAAUCCAAAAGAGAUAUCUCGAUUUUCCUUUGAAAAGGGAGACUUUGUCUAAAUGGAUAGUAUUUUUUUGGAUUACAUUUCACAAUCACUCAAUGCCAUUUAUUCAAAUAAGCAGACUUCAGUACACUGACUCUUUUGAUUUAUUAAAUGUCCUCUGUUUUGCAGUGUUUAUUAAUAAUAUGCAAUUCAAUAUUGCAGUAUCCUCUACACAUGCUGUCAUAGUCUGUAUUUUGAUUGCUUGUUAUUGUGAAGUAUAUCACAAUAUGAAUUGAAAUAAUUGUAAAAUUGAAGGAAACUGAAUUUUGAAAUAAAGGGGCACAAAGAGC